AUGAUGUCUUAUCAAAAAGUAAUAGCAAAAAUCAAUGAUAACACUGAAAAGUGCACUGACUUCUAUGACUUUGCUGAACCUCAAGGAGUUUUCAAAAGAAAACUAAAUGUGGACGUAACUCCUCAAUUGGAAGAAAUUGAUUUUUAUAGAGGUGGAAGAAUUCCUGAACACGAUUAUGUACCAGAGUCACCUAAUCAACAAAAGUAUUUACAACGAGAAAGAGAAAGAGGGAUCAGAAAAGAGACACAACUUGAUGAAUUGUUUAACAACUUUAAACAUGGUCAUGUCUGUUUCGUAGGGACCCCUGGUUCAGGAAAGACCACACUCAUGAAAGCAACCUCAAGAGAUGUCAUACAGGGAAAAUAUUUUCAGGGGAAUAUCAAGAUGGUUCCAUAUGUAGAAUGUAAACAAUUUAUGAACGACAGUAAAGUAACAGCAGAAGAACUAAUUUUCAGCAAUCUCACAAAAGAAGAAAGAGGUCAAGCAAUAGACAUUGCAAAAACUCACCCAGAGGAAGUUUUGUUUAUGCUCGACUCCUUGGAUACUCUUCAAUAUACAGUUGAUGGAGUUUAUGAACUCAUCAGUCUAGAUGAGCCUGCAUAUCCUGAGGUAAUUAUGUGGAAUUUUCUCUCUGAAAAAUUAUUUCCUGGCUGUCGCAUUAUAUCGUCCAGUCGUGAACAUUCCAUCAGAAAUUAUUGGGGAGAAGUUCGACCAGACAAGGUCAUUGCACUUGCUGGAUUAACAAUGGACUCCAUCAAAAAAAUAAUUUCUGGAUAUGAAGGAAAUGGAGAAGCCGAGAAAAUAAUAGAAUUUCUCAAAAUCGAAGCUCCACCACUCUUGUUACUGUGCACUACCCCUGUGAUGCUGGUUUACACGCUGAUAGCAUUAAAAUUCAAAUCUGACUUCAAACCAAACACCAUGAGUGGUAUUAUGAUUGUGGUCAUGCAAAGUAUCUUACGAUCACCCCACACUCACCAAGAGAUUUCUAUGGAAGUUUUGGACAAAUUAAAAGAACUAUCAUACGUUGGGACAGUAGAACGUCGAGUUCUAUUUACAGAAGAUGAUUUUCAUCAAGUUCAUCUAAAACCAGAAAAAGCAACCGAUCUAGCAAUUCUGGCUCCUGGAGGAAUAUAUCGUAAACUCUUUCAAGGAAUCCACCUUCUUUACUUUCAACAUCAAAGUAUUCAAGAAAUGCUCACAUCUUUCUAUAUUCUUGGACUGGAUUUAAAAUCUUUUAAGGAGUUCGUGGAUAAACAUCUUCAUACCGGUCACUUUGUUUUCGUCAGAAAAAUGAUCUGUGGAUUUUUAUUGAAUCCGACAGUUUAUGAAGCAGCCGGAAUUUUACUUGAAGAAAUUCAGGAUCUUGAAGAAAAACGAGAUAUUCUCAAGAAAAGUCUGCAAUCACAACUCAAAGAAAUAUCAGACAAAUCAGAUCUUUUGGAACUUCUCACUGCAUUGAACGAAGCCAAGAAUGGAAUGAGUGACAUUGUCAAAUCAUCUCUUGACGAAAUUGACAUGUGGGGUCAUCCUCUCUCCAUAAGUGAUGUUCAUGUCAUUGGAUCAGUAGCUUCCUACUGCACAUCACUAACAAUGAAAUUUCAUCAGAUGUGAUCUCAAGUCAGCCUCACUUCAAACUCUGGCAUCUGAAUUGAAAGGAUCAAAUGUGAAGGUAGAAUUUCUUAUAUUAAAUUCUUUAAAAUUUGUUUUCAUGUUUUUACUAUAAAUAAGGCUUUAGGCGAGCAGCUCAUAUUUGGAGUCACCGGUACUACUAUAUAGUAGAAUGUCACCAUAUAUUGAUUAUUGUAUAUGUUAAAUUAUAUAUCAGAAUCUUUUUGGUUUAAAAGUAUUUUCUGAAUUGUCACACGGAGUACUGUGGUGGACCUGGUU